AUGCGUCCCACUCUCGAGGCCGACGGUAACGUCGCGUGCGCGAUCUUCUCGCAUCUCGAGGACCCGAGGGACCGCAUCGCGCUCGCCGCCGUGAGCAGGGUGUUCAGGGACGCGGAGAAGUCGGACGCUUCGUUGCCCGUCGCGCUAGGUGCUUUGAAGAGGCACGGUGACAGGUUUUUGUAUUCCUCGUACGCGACGGCGGUCUACUGGUACCGCAAGGGGUGCGAUCGCGGCGAUGCUGCUUGUAUGCACGCGAUCGGACAUUGCUAUCGGUACCCGAUGAGUAGCGAUGUCUUGGCGAAAGACAUGACGAAGGCGGUCGAGUGGACGAAAAAAGCGUCAGAGUUGGGGCACGCCAAGGCGACAGGCGCCCUCGGCCUGCUUUACGAGAAUGGCAAAGGCGUGGAUAAAGACGAAGCGAAGGCGUUCGAGUUAUACGUCAAGGCGGCGGAGCUCGGUGACAGUUGGACCGCGCACAGGCUCGUACCAUAUUACGAAUACGGCUUGUGCGGCGUGGCGGUGGACAAAAAAGAGGCGCAGAAGUGGCGUGACUGGCUCGAGGCCGAGCUCCGCAGCACGAACACGAACUGA